CACCUUCAUGCAAACAACAUCUCUUCUCUCAAUUUAAUGUAGGGCCUGAAAGCUAUGUAGAUCUUUCCAUUUUACUCCCUCCCCCUCUCCCCAUUUCUUUCUCCCUUCCUUCCUUUCCUCCCACUUCCAUGACUGCAAAUUAACAUUCAUUCAUCUAAAGAGAGAGAGAGAGAGAGAAAGAGAAACACACAGUCACACAGUGAGACCAAAGACUACAUACAUAGUAACAGUCUUUCACAUUAAUUAUACUAUUCAAAUUCUUUCUUCCGGAAAAAUUAAUCCACUGCAACCACAGCUACUAGUUUCAGUUGUAAUAUUUUUUUACCCCUUUUUUUUCUCAUCAAUUCAUCUUCCUGUCCACAAUUUUGCCUCCUCCCAAAAUUUUUUCUCGUACUCCAUUAAUAUAAAGGUGCAAGAGAAACUGCCAAAAAGUAGAGAGCUAACAAAGAACAAAGAAUUAGGCUUCUUCUUAUUUUAAUUCCUUUUUUUUUUUUUUCAUAGCAGAUGACCUCGAUUCCAAGUUAUCAUCAGCAUCAUCAUCACAUCCAUUAUUAGUUUAUGGCAGUUGUUGCCUCAACCAUGAGCCAAGAUGACGACAACAACAAUACCAAUGUUAACAACAACGUUAACAACAACAACAACAACAAAGUAGUAGUAGAUGAUGAUGAGCAUGAACACGAUAUGGUUAUGCCCGGAUUCCGAUUCCACCCUACUGAGGAAGAACUUAUAGAGUUCUACCUUCGCCGUAAGGUUGAGGGCAAACGUUUCAAUGUCGAACUCAUCACUUUUCUCGAUCUUUAUCGCUAUGACCCUUGGGAACUUCCAGCUUUGGCCGCGAUUGGGGAGAAAGAAUGGUUCUUUUAUGUGCCAAGAGACCGGAAGUAUAGAAAUGGAGAUAGACCAAACAGAGUAACGACUUCUGGGUAUUGGAAGGCAACCGGAGCUGAUAGAAUGAUUCGGACAGAGAAUUUCAGGUCAAUUGGAUUGAAGAAGACUCUUGUUUUCUAUUCUGGGAAAGCUCCUAAAGGUAUUCGUACUAGUUGGAUCAUGAAUGAGUACCGUUUACCUCAGCACGAAACCGAACGCCUCCAAAAGGCUGAGAUUUCGCUUUGCCGGGUCUACAAGAGAGCUGGAGUCGAAGACCAUCCAUCUCUACCUCGUUCUCUUCCCACAAGAGCUUCAUCAUCAAGAGGAGGAAUCCAUGCAUCAACCAACAAGAUUUCUAAGUCCAAUGAUCACAUCACUCCAACCAAUAGUCUUUCCAUGGAGAGUAGUUUCCAAGGUUAUGGAGCAAAUCCACAACAAAUUGAAGAGAAAUUGAGUGAAACAAGUGGAAGCAGCAGCACUGAUCAUACUAAUAUUGGAAUUGGAACUUCUCUUGGCCUUUCUAAGCAUCAUAGUAACAACAACACUUUUAUAUCUUUAGCCCCAAUGACUGCAACUUCACUUUCAGUUUCAGCUCCAACUUCAUUGGAAGAUAUUCCUGAUGAACAAAAUAGAGUUUUUCUUCAACAUCAUCAUCAUCAUCAAUCAAAACAACCAUGUAUUAACACUACUUUAGCCCUUGAAAACCACACCCUUUUUGCGGGCUCUUCUUCUUUUCUCCCCACCACCAAUACAGUUGAUGAUCUUCAUAGGCUUGUGGAAUUCCAACAUGCUUCAAUGAGCCACAUUCAUCAACAACAAUAUCAUAACAUUCACAAUAAUAAUCCUUCCUCCGGCCAGUUGUUCUCUAGCCUUCAGCAGGCGGCACCACCAUCGCUGCCUCCCUCGUCUUUGGCUCUUAACAUGAUGAUUCCCGGAUCUCUUCAGACGACUUUCACGGAUAGGUUGUGGGAUUGGAACUCCAUUAAUGAAGGAAGCAACAAAGACUUCAACAGCCCUUUCAAGUAAUAUUAUGAUAAGUUUUAUCUAUCAUCUAUAUUGUGUAUGAAUUUGCAUAUACACAUGCAUAGCUUCUAUAGUAGUAUAAUUUAAUUUCUAUAUAAGUUAUGUACGUAUGAACUGCUGAUGUGUGAAGUAAUUCACUCCCUUAAACAUAUUAAUGGUAGAUUUUGAAGGAGGACUAAUUAAUGUUUGAUUAAUGCUACUUAGUAUUAGCAUAUGAUCUAUCUAUCAUCCCUUGAUAGAUUUUCGAUUUAGGUUGUACACUUGAUGUUACUGUAAGAACUCCAUUAAUCGUUUCUUUCUAAUAUAAUGUCUUCUAGAUUUUGCCUCUUAUUAUUUGGAAA